ACUUCGCGCUCGCGCCACUAUCAAGCAGCAACGAUCAAACGACUUCAAACCAUGCCAAUACGGAGAGCCCCGGGACUAGCCAUCCUGGCCGUCCUGGCCAUGGUGCUCACCACGGCCGCUCGCGCCCAGACCUGCGGGUCGCAGGCCGGCGGCGCGACCUGCCCGAACUGCCUCUGCUGCAGCCGCUUCGGAUACUGCGGCAGCACCGCGGACUACUGCGGUGCCGGCUGCCAGAGCCAGUGCAGCGGCUGCGGCCCGGCUCCUCCAGGCGAGGGCGUGGCGUCCAUCGUGCCCAGAGACGUCUUCGACCGGCUCCUCCUCCACCGAAACGACCCCGGGUCCGGGUGCCUCGCCGUCGGGUUCUACACCUACGACGCCUUCCUCGCCGCUGCCGCCGCGUUCCCAGCCUUUGGCACGACGGGGAACACGGACACGCGGAAGCGUGAGGUGGCCGCGUUCCUGGGCCAAACUUCCCACGAGACCACCGGCGGGUGGCCGACCGCGCCCGACGGACCCUACUCGUGGGGCUACUGCUACAAGGAGGAGAGGAACCCGCCGCCCGACUACUACUGCCAGCCGAGUUCCGAGUGGCCGUGCGCUUCCGGCAGGCAGUACUACGGCCGUGGCCCCAUCCAGCUCUCCUGGAACUACAACUACGGCCCGGCGGGGCGCGCGAUCGGCGUGGACCUGCUGAACAACCCGGACCUGGUGGCGACGGACCCCACGGUGUCGUUCAAGACCGCGUUGUGGUUCUGGAUGACGGCGCAGGCGAACAAGCCGUCGCCGCACGCGGUGAUCACAGGGCAGUGGACGCCGUCGGCAGCAGACGUCGCAGCCGGCCGCUCGCCCGGCUACGGCGUGAUCACCAACAUCAUCAACGGCGGCCUCGAGUGCGGCAUCGGCCCAGACCCUCGUGUGGCCGACAGGAUCGGGUUCUACCAGCGGUACUGCGACAUCCUCGGCGUGGGGUACGGUAGCAACCUCGACUGCAACAACCAGAGGCCCUUCGCGAGCGGGUUGUCCGCUGGGUUCGCGGUUCAGUGAAAACGGCCAGUGACAGUGGUACCGCGUAUUAGCUGACCGGUGAUAUGUAAUGGGGCGUCAGCUAGCUACUAUGAGUAAAUAAAUGAAUAAAUCUAAAACAUCUUAGAUUGAA